GGAGAGGGGAAGCGAGCUGAGGCAGCCGGCUUGAAGGGAGCGGAGAGGAUGGUGAUAAAGAUGAUGAUGUGGAAGCGAUGGAGAUGAAGCAGACUAUGCAGAUCCGGGGACUCCUGUUGCUGCUGCCGGCGCUAUGGGCUCUCUUCCUGCGGGACAUCGCGGCUGUAACAGAGGAGGGAGGUUGCUUUCUUUCAGGAAAAAAGGUUUCUGGAAUGCCAAUCAAACUGAAGGUGUCUCAGGGGCAGCCUGUGAAACUGAACUGCAGCUUAGAGGGAAUGGAAGAUCCAGAGAUGUUAUGGAUCAAAGAUGGAGCAGUGGUGCAGAGUGUAGACCAAGUGUACAUUCCGGUAGAUGAAGAACACUGGAUUGGUUUUCUCAGCUUGAAGUCUGUAGACCGGACAGACUCCGGAAAGUACUGGUGCCAAGUUGAGAUCAAUGGAAAGAAGGAGGAAUCACAGCAAGUAUGGCUUAUUGUGGAAGGUGUUCCUUACUUCACUGCUGAGCCCGAAGAUCUGUCUGUCAUUCCUAAUACCCCUUUUCAUAUGGUCUGUGCUGCAGCAGGCCCACCUGAGCCAGUGACAAUUGUCUGGUGGAUGGGCGAUUCCAGAGUUGGGCUUCCUGAUAUCUCCCCCUCCACCUUAAAUGUGUCAGGUAUUAAUCAAAGCACAGUUUUCUCCUGUGAAGCCCAUAAUAUCAGAGGACUGUCUUCAUCUCGGACAGCCACUGUGCAAAUUAAAGCUAUCCCGUUUCCACCUCUCAAUGUGACAGUAACUCGUAUCACCAGCAACAAUGCCAGCAUCACAUGGCUACCAGGAUUUGAUGGCCUUUCCCCACUUCAUUCAUGUACAGUUCAGGUGGCUGAGCCAGAAGAAUCGGAGGAAAUCUCUGUGGAAGUUGUCCCUGUGCCGUCCUUUACUAAGACUUUGCCAGGUUUAAAACAUUCUUCCAACUAUAGUGUCCGGGUCCAGUGCACUAAUGAAAUGGGCAGCUCUCCUUUUACAGACUGGGUCUAUUUUCAGACCUUGGGAUUAGCUCCCAACAAUACUCCACAAAAUGUACACAUUAUCCAGAGAGAUUCUUGCCUGAUCUUGGAAUGGGAAGCAAUGGUUCCAGAAAUGCUUAGGGACAACACCAUAGACAGCGCCAUAGGAUACAAGUUGGAAUGGAGUCAAGAUAACAUAACUCAGGGGGAGAUGGUAGUGCAGGAGACAAGAGCAAACCUGACUAUGUGGAACCCCUUAAAAGACCUUCUCAUCAGGGUGUGCAUACUGAAUUCAGCUGGCUGUGGACCUUGGAGUGAACCCUUACUGGUUACAGCUGAAGAUUUAAUAGAAGGACAGAGACAACCCCCUUAUGGGACAUCCUGGGUUCCUGUGGUUUUAGGAAUUCUGACUGCACUGGUCACAGCAGUUGCCUUGGCAUUAAUCCUCCUACGGAAAAGAAGAAAAGAAACUCGUUUUGGGCAUGCCUUUGGCAGCAUGGUGGGAGGGGAUCCAAUUGUCCAUUUCAGAGCAGUAAGAUCUUUCAACAGAGAAGUGCCGGAACUUAUUGAGGCAACAUUGGAUAGUAUAGGAAUCAGUGAUGAACUGAAGACUAAACUGAAAGAUGUCCUCAUACAGGAGCAGCAGUUUACGCUUGGAAGAAUGCUAGGAAAAGGAGAAUUUGGGUCUGUGAGAGAGGGUCAGCUGAAACUGCCAGAUGGCUCCCUUCAAAAGGUUGCAGUGAAAAUGCUAAAAGCGGACAUCUUCACUUCAAAUGACAUUGAGGAGUUCCUGAAAGAAGCUGCUUGUAUGAAGGAAUUUGACCACCCACAUGUUACCAAGCUGAUUGGAGUCAGCUUGCGUAAUCGACCUAAAGGUCGGCUUCCAAUCCCCAUGGUCAUCCUUCCCUUCAUGAAACAUGGAGACCUUCACUCCUUUCUACUGAUGUCCAGGAUUGGAGAAACCCCCUUUAACCUGCCGCUCCAGACACUCUUGAAGUUUAUGAUUGAUAUUGCCAGUGGGAUGGAGUACUUGAGCUCCAAAAACUUCAUACACAGGGACCUUGCUGCUCGGAACUGCAUGUUGGAUGAAAACAUGAAUGUUUGUGUUGCUGAUUUUGGACUUUCAAAGAAAAUAUAUAGUGGAGACUAUUACCGCCAGGGCUGUGCUUCUAAGCUGCCAGUGAAGUGGCUUGCCCUGGAAAGCCUGGCAGAUAAUCUCUACACAACACAUAGUGAUGUGUGGGCAUUUGGCGUAACAAUGUGGGAAAUUGUGACCCGUGGGCAAACUCCUUAUGCAGGCAUUGAGAAUGCAGAAAUUUACAACUACCUCAUCAGUGGGAACAGAUUGAAGCAGCCCCCGGAGUGCCUGGAGGAAGUCUAUGAUCUCAUGUGUCGAUGUUGGCAUUCAGAACCCAAGCUUCGUCCCAGCUUUGGAGCACUGAAAUUCCAGCUUGAAAUGAUAUUGGCAAGACUGUCUUUGCUCUCAUCCAGCCAGAAUCCUCUUUAUGUUAACAUUGGGAAACCACAAGAAGCUUGUAGGAAUGACGCUACAGUUAAUUGUCCCUUUGGAACCUUGGACGAUGAAGUGAACAUUGCAGGAGCAGCUGCUGCUGUUACUAGUGACUAUCGUUACAUCAUGAGCCCCUUGUGCCUUGGGAAUGAUGCUGAAAAUGAAAGACAUCCAGAUGCCUCUGAUGGGGAGGCCAGGAGCCUUCUUUAUGAUUUGGAGAUGGGAGCAAAACAGUGUUAGCCUGAAAGGAAAAGUGACUCUUCAUUCUCCUCCAGUGAGAUGUGCUUAUCAUCAUAUGGUACUGCUUUACAAAGACAGCUGUAGGCUGCUUUUAACCAGCAUGGGUAGGUACAAGGCGGGCUACAUCUGUAGCUUCCUACUGCUGUUUGGGCUGCUGUGACUGACAGCCCAAAAUGACCAUAACUCUUAAUCACCUCUUAGCCUUUUAAGAGCAACUUCCAACAAUGGUCAGUGAUAUCCAGUGGGAGCGGCCCCAGUCUCUUACAGCUAGUAGAUGUCUGUUGUCCACAGAAUCGCCAUUAAGCAGUGAGAUCAGAGGGUGUAACAGCAGUCUCUUUUUCCUAGUCCUGCAUCCCCUCCCCAGCUCUGAGUAUGGAAGUUUGAGACCAGCGCAUAUGGGGAAAGACCAAGCUGCCUGGUAUUCAGAUCCAUUGGUACUAUCUUUCAGGAUGUGAGAAAACAGCUUCAUUUAGCAGUAUGCCUACACUUUUUGUCUACCUCAGUGAUUAUCAAACUGGGAUCUGUAUGGCUGCUCCUGUAAAAUGAAGAAACAUUGCACUUUUUCUCAGAAUAAUAUUUGGUUACCAGAUAUAAGCACUCCUCAAGGCCUACCCAGCAACUAAGCAACACAGUGUUAACCCCUUUCAUCCUUCGUCACUGGAGGCACCUUUCUUGCCUCUUUUUUGCUUUGUAUUUGAUGUAAAAUUGAUUAUGAGCAAAACUUGGGAGUGCACAUGCACAUGGGCGCAAACAAGCUUCAAACAGGUUAAGAGGAAUAGCGUGAAUACUAAGACUGUAAUCCUAUACUCACUUACCUGGGACUCAGUCCCCCUGAAAUUUAAUGGGGCUUAUAUCUGAGUAGAUAUGUAUAGGAUGGAGCUGUGCAAUACUCAAUAAAUUAUACAAAAGGCAUACUCAUACAAGGAAAGCUAGAAGCAGCACUUUAAGAUCAGAUUAUCCUUUUAUUUCCCCCACCUCAACACCUUUAUACUAAUAAAUAUUAGUGGCAAGAAAGAAACUACUCAGUGGAAGUCAAAAGGAAAAAUAGAUGCCAAUUAGAUGCUUUUAAUGUACAGUAAAGAAGUAUUUUUAGUCACAAAAGUUUGAGGAUCACUGGCAUGUCUAAUUAAAAGGUCCUCUGGCUUGACACAGAAGUUUAGAUGCACUGGAACAUAACUUCUUCUUUUUCAGUUUUGGCAACGUUCCAGACAGAAAUGGGCCAUUCUAAGCUCUUGUUAGGCUUGUCUGACAAUGUGAUUAAUCAUAACUGAAGAAGAAUAUGUCCUUGGAAGAGGAAGAAGAUAAAAAUGUAGAGUUCUACCAGACUUUUGGUGUUUUCACUGCAGCUCCUAAAUUAUACUUCUUGUGACUACCUGGAUCUUUAGCAAACUAAAAUUCUUCCCCUCUCAGUAGCAGAUUUCCCUGAUGCAGGGAUUUUCAAUUUAGAUACCACAUAGAAUCACAAUGGAUGUGAUGCAACUAAAGCUAAAUAUUUUUAAAUCUCAUUUAUUUCCAAGUGUGAAUUUAGCACAGGGGUGGAAAGCCUGUGGCUCUCAGCUGUUGGGUUUCUAACUCCUACCACUCCUACACAGCAUGGCAAAAGGUAGCUGGUGAUGGUUGGAGUUGUAGUCCAUCGGCAGCUAAAGGGUCAUAGAGUCUAUACCCCAAUAUAACAAAUGUUAAAAUCUUUGGAAGUUAAAAUGUUUGGUUGGAUCACAACUAUUGUUUCUUUCUGGGCUUCAGAUCCCAUAAAGGCUGUCUACAAAACAAAACCCCAGAAGACCCUAACGGAAUACCACUAAUAGUGUGUUUAUAUAGGGGUAUUAACCCUGAACAUCCCCCCCACCAUAUCCCUGACAGACCUAU